UGGUUUGUGGGGAGUCGGUGACUAGGAGACCAGUCCCCUUGCUGGGGGAGAGACACUGCUGUUGUGUUACCCAGAUAGGCCGACAGCAUCAUGGGCCUCAGGGCUCCUCCCGGGGAGGCCACUGGUGUCUCGUUGGCUCCCGGUAUGUGUUCGGUGUGCUAGACCCAUCCUUGGGGUCAUGUCCAUUCCCGCACAUGGGCCUGCCCCUCUGCGGGCUGUGGUUGAUGGUGUGACUCUUUUGUAGCACAGAACUCAUGCGCCGGGUCCGCAGAUUCCAGAUUGCCCAGUACAAAUGCCUUGUGAUCAAGUACGCCAAGGACACUCGUUACUGCGCCAAUGGGGUCUCCACGCAUGACAGGAAUACCAUGGAGGCUCUUUCAGCCUGUUAUCUCAAAGACGUGCACCAGGAGGCGCUUGGUUCAGCUGUGAUUGGCAUUGACGAAGGCCAGUUUUUCCCAGACAUUGUGGAGUUCUGCGAGGCAAUGGCCAAUGCAGGGAAGACGGUAAUCGUUGCUGCCCUCGAUGGGACCUUCCAGAGGAAGGCAUUUGGGAGCAUCCUGAACCUGGUCCCCUUGGCAGAGAGUGUAGUGAAGCUGAAUGCUGUAUGCAUGGAGUGUUACCGGGAGGCUUCAUACACUAAGAGGCUGGGCUCUGAGAGGGAG